CAGCCUUUGCCACAGGCGAGUACAGAAACCAGGGCAUGGCGCCCGCUCACUGCCACUGGCUGUGAUCUGCACUGUAUCUGAUGUCCCAUUCACACAAGUAACCAUUCAGUCAGGCAAAGAAAGACUGAUAGAGGGAGAGCGAGUGCGCUGCCAGCUGCCAAUGACUGAACCAGUAGAUCUUUUGGAACCUGUUGCAGCAGGUUUUUCUUUCUGUUAUCUUAUUUCUGGUCUACACUGGACCUGUGCCAGACACACACACACACACACACACACACACACACACACACACACACACGCACACACACACACACACACAGAAUGAGGAUGAUAUUCUGAGCUGCCAAAAUCUGAAACCAGCCCAUCAACCAUUUCCAUACACAUGUAGACAGCCAAUCUAAUCGAAGUGCUGCACUGUCAGGUUGAAGGAGGUGCGAGGUGCACAGAUUCCGGAGGAGAAUGGACACAGAUGUUGACAGAGGUUACAGGCGGGAGUGAGAUUAUCAAACUGAAGUUACAAGUCCACAAAGAGGAGAGGUGGUAGUUAUUGUUGGCAAAGGCUAGGAGCAGAUUUUGGAGCAGAAAGUCAAACUCACUAUUCUCCAGCAGCGGCAGCAGCAGCAGUAGCAGCAAGUCUAUAAGAUUAAACCCUCAGGACAACCUGCACACCUGUGAACCCUGUGGGACCUCCUGCCAAAAGAUGGCACAAUCACAGCAGGAGAGCAACACCUUCAGCUUAAGACCUGCAGCUGCUGACCGGACGCACAGCACAGGCGAGACCACCAUGUCUGGGUCAGGAUCAACACUGAGACGAGGCCCUGUCGGCUCAGACCAUUACCACCCGUACCAACGACAAUUCAACGACGGAGCAGCGAUGACUUCAGAUGGCCUCAGACAGUGCUCCUCUUCCUUCAACUGUGUGCAGGACGAGUACCGCCCUGACACUUGUUCACACAGCUCAAAAGACGAAGCAGGAACAUCUUGGGACCAGUACAACGGGGGCGUUCAGGUUUCUAGAGUAAUGAGUUCUUACACAGAAGAUCCUCCCUGUUUCCUGUCUCAGAGCUUUCCAAAUUACAGCUCAUCGAGCCCUCUACAACAGGUUUCUUCCCGACUUCUCACUAAUAAUAAUCAAUCCAACAGCUCAAAGUAUUCUCUCCAAAGUUUCUCAAGUCAGUCUCACCAGGAGAACCCCACACAGUCCCUCUUCCCCAAGCCCAUUUAUUCAUACAGCAUCUUGAUCUUCAUGUCUCUGAGGAACAGUACAACAGGAAGCCUGCCAGUCAGUGAGAUCUACAGCUUCAUGACUGAACACUUCCCCUACUUUAAGACAGCUCCAGAUGGAUGGAAGAACUCUGUACGUCACAACCUCUCCCUGAACAAGUGCUUUGUGAAGGUAGAAAACAAAAAUGGGAACUCGUCCCGUAAAGGCUGUCUGUGGGCUCUCAAUCCAGCCAAGGUGGAGAAAAUGCAGGAAGAGCUGCACAAGUGGCGCCGCAAGGACCCUGUCACUGUUCGCAGGAGCAUGGCAAAGCCAGACCUUGACCGCUUACUGGGAGAGAGACCUGAAAAAUUCAGGUCAUUGCCACCUUACACCAACUCAGCUUUGUUAUCCAGAGGGACCCCUACCUACAGCAUAACCUCCUUAUCCUGCAACCCAGCCCAGCUUCAACCACCCUGCCUACCUAUUCUGCAUUCCCAAUAUGCAAAUAUUCAAACCCAGCAGCCCUGCUACCUUCCCUCUGGAACUGCUCAUCUCAGCAACUCAUUUGACCUGUACUCAACCUGUGGACAGCCGAUAGACCCUGGAAGCCUGAACUCAACCGUGGCCCAAAAGAUGCUGCCUGUUUACAACGCAGCCCCGCAAGCUGAUUACAGCGCUGGCCGUAGGAGCAUUCAGGACUUUCUGUUGGAGGGAGACGCCAGUUAUGACAUUGACAUGCUGGACCCGAGUCUGACUGAUCUUCAGCUGCAAGGUAACUUGUGGGAGGAGCUAAGGAACGAAAGCCUUGUAUCGGAUGCCCAAGUUACCACCACAACCCCGACCACGACCUCUGCCCUGCAGAGAAGCUUCUUACAGAUAACACCUCUUCCUGUUAGUGAGACGACUGUCUGUCAACACAAGGCAGGGUAUGAGGAUGGAAACAUGGAAGGUGGACGACACUCAGAGCAGCAUGGCUGUUUGUUGAACGGACUCCAUCCUGGGGUUUAUUCAGUGGUGGAUAGCCCUGCUGGGUACCUGACCUCUUCUUGUACUACACCAAUCUCCCUUAUGUAAAGAUUGAUCUGAAUUGUAAAAAAUGUAGGCAGUAUCAUGCCACAGUAUUAGCAGAGUGGUUAAUUAACCCAUCUUAACCCCUGUCUACAUUGUGUAACAGACUCUGCUAGGGGACUAGGUUUAAAGAUUUCCAUUGCAUCAGUUCUCACAACAAGUACAGCUGACCAAAUAAGAGCUCCUUUUGGAUCAUGUCUGUCUGUUUUAUUAGUAAUAAUAUUAGUAGUUUUUCUUGUCAUAUGUUUUUCAUUUGCAGCAGCUCCUGUGUUUCUCAUGGAUUGGUAAUUAUCAAAUAUAGGUCUGAUUAAGCGAACCAGUGAACAGGGUUACAAAUAUUGUUAAUGGUUAUGUUGUGAAACUAGUUAUUUAUUGUCUUUCUAAAAGUAAACACAUUUUGCAUUAUUGUGGUAUUAAUUUGAAUAAUAGAUGUCUAAAUGUGUCAUUUGUAAAUCCUAUUUCAUAUUGAAUUUAAAUGUAUUUCUGUCCGGUCGUUUAGCUCUUUAAAUCAAUGAAAAGUGCACAUAACUUGUUUCAGUAUGUCUUCUGCUAAAGCACCUUGCUAUAAGCUGGCUGUAGCAGCUUUAACACUCUUUCUUUUUUUAGAACGUUGUAUUAAAUAAAAUGUGAAACAAUGUGUAGACAGUGUGAAAGAAAUCACUUAUAGUGGUGAACUUACAGACAAUAAUUACACAUAUCUGCAGCCCUCCUGAGCUUUACAGGUCCAGAUCAUUGUUUAGCUAACGGCAAGAAAGUGAACAAUUUUGUUUCACUCUCCAAAGUUUCAUAGCGUUGAUUUCAGCUGCAGUUAGCGGCUUUGAACUUCUCAUAAAACAAUUCAAAUAUAAUAUUUAUACAAACAUAUAAAUCUAAUGAAUUGGAUAUUUUGUGAAUAGACGCUGAUGUUGGAAACAUGGAUUCUUGAAUGUUGACAGUCGGUGUAAUGGCAACGUUGCAGUAAGACUGUACUUCCAGAAGGUGGCAGCAGAGACCCUUUCUGACAUUCAGCUUAUUAUAAAUAAGUUCUCCUUUAUUUACUUACUAUAUAAUUUAAAUAAUUAUUCACUUCUCUUACAUGCUCUGCACAUUUUAGUACUUUUGUUCUCAACUUCAGAUAGCCCAACAUA